AUGAUCUUACUUCGCAUGUAGGCGAACUACGUGACCAAAUGUAAGAUGAGAUUCUGUUAUCGUCUGCAUUUUAGCAAGACACUCGCAGACGGUACAUUGUAAUUCAUUGUUCGCUUCCAUAAAUUCAACGAGUACGUCUAAAAAGUUAGUUUUAAACGGAUCAGGAAAGAACCGCUUAUCGGAUUGACCAAAUUGUAAUUUAUAGAAAACAAGGAACACGCGUAUUAGCCAUUGUUGUACUUCAAAGAGCAAUGUUUAAAUUCAAGGAGUGAAUAAAUUGCAAAGGAGGACACACUUAAAAUGGGUUCUAUACUGAGUUACUUUUACGGAUAUCCCGACGAUGGUAUCCUUGACCCAAAUGUCGGAUUAACCGGAAAAGAAAAGAGACUUGUGAGAGAAACCUGGAAUACAAUCUAUGCGAAUUCUGUAAAUACUGGCGUUGCGAUUAUGUCAAGUUACUUCAAGCAGUACCCACAGUAUCACAAAGUGUUUCCAGCGUUCAAAGAUAUACCACUGGAUGAACUGUCAGCUAAUAUGAAGUUCAAAGCGCAUUGUCAAUUUAUCAUGAGCACUUUAAGCAAUGCUUUUAAUGCCCUAGACGACAUUGCUUUGAUGGAAACGAUCUUACAAUCCACUGGUCAAAAACAUGGCAGAAGAGGUCAAGGUAGACAAGAAUUCAUUGAUUUGAAGGGAGUGAUGAUGGAAGUGAUGAAAAACGAUUUAAAAUCGAAAUUUUCUCCAGAAGUGGAAGCUGCUUGGAGUAAAAUGAUCGACGUAGCAUUUUUAAAAAUAUUCGAAGGAAUGGAGAAUCGAUGAAUAGAACCGAUUUUAAUGAAAAUCUGUCUCCGUUUCACUGUCUACGUGGGCAGUGUCAGUAAUAUCAUCGCUACUUUCAGUACUAUAUAUUAUCCUGUUUUUCUGCUCCUGUGUUCUUCGGUUUUCGCUGCCAGUUUCCUUCUGGUUUAAUUUUCUACAAGAAAGAACAUAAACAUUCACCGAUGACCGCUAAACUUAAAGGGACAGACCACUGUAGCAUUUUUUUAUAAAUCAAUUUUUUUUUAUAUUUCUUAAAAGAAUGUCAAGCAAUAUUUCAAGAAUAUUGUGUCAAAAUUUGAAAAAGAAAUCUCUAGAGUUGCUAGAGUUGCAGCGUUAUGUGUGGAGUAAUCUUAAGCGUUUACAAUCUUAAGCGAUACUUUCAAACCUCGUUUACAGCUUUUUGAGAGUAAUACAAUAAGUUCCAUCCAUAUGAUUUAAAUCAUAUUCUCUUCAGAAACCUUGUCUCUGUGGCCUGACGAAGCUGUUAAAAAAAUAUUGAUUUC